AUGCCCAAAGUGGAUGUGACCGUGGAGCCCGUAAGCGUGGAGAUCGAGGUCCCGGACGAAUGCACCGUGGGCCAGUGGAAGCGAAUGCUGGGUGACGGCUGGCUGGGAGACAAGAUCCUGUACAGCAACCGGCUGCAGUGUUAUCUGGUCGACCGUGGCGGCGCCCUGGGCGACGAGGAGCACAUACCGACGCUUCCCAAGCGGAUAUUCAUGAAGGGGCCCAACAGCGUGCUGAAGAUGUUGGAACUGGCGCUCAACAAGCAGAGCGGGCGACGCUCCAGCAAGCCGAUACCCAAGGUGCCUCCAGACCGCGGCUACAUGCCCAAAGCCGCGCCCCCGCCGGCUGCUCCUUCGGUGAGACCAGCGCCGGCAGACCCCGUGCCGCCCGUGGCGAAGGCACCCGUCGUGGCGUCCUCACCUUCUCCGCUCUGGCCGAAGGACCAGAACUCGCGACUGUCUGUCUACAGUGCUGGGUACCAGGGCAUGCGGCCUUACAUGGAGGACCGGGCCUGCGGAUUGCUUGCGAUACCUGGCUACCCAAUGGCUUCGGUCUUCGGAGUCUUCGAUGGGCACGGUGGCUACCAGGUCGCGCAGAUGGCUGCGGAGAGGCUGCCAAGGGUUCUCGUGGAGAAGCUGAAGGCGGGCGCCGAGCCGGGCGAAGCAAUGAAGGAUGCCUUCUGCUCCUUCGACGACGAUCUGCGACAGAACAGUUCCACAUCUUUUCAGAAAAUGGGUUCCACGGCUAUCAUGACACUGCUUCUUGAAGCGGCGGGCGGCUAUCAUCUGUAUUGCGCCAACUGCGGCGACAGCCGAGCUGUGCUCUGCCGCAACGACGCGGCUGUGGCGCUGUCACAGGACCAGAAGCCGAAUAAUCCGGAGGAACGCCAGCGGAUCGAGGCGGCCGGAGGAAAGGUCGGUCUUUACGGGCCGUGUUAUCGCAUCGACAGCGGGCUGAAUCUCAGUCGCGCGUUGGGCGACUUUUUGUACAAGGCAAACAGAGAACUGCCUGCGGAGCAGCAGAAGGUGAUCUGCCUUCCAGAAAUCCGUGAGGUCCAGAUCAACAGCGAGGACCAGUUUUUCGUGAUGGCCAGUGAUGGUGUUUUCGAGGUGUUCUCCUCGGAUCAGUUGAUCGAGGAGUUGCUCAAGGAGCGACGUCGACUGAAGACUUGGCCCAUGGCCGUCGACAGCAUUCUGAAGAGAGCUUGGAGUAGCGGUGACAAUGUAAGCAUUUGUUUGGUCGAGUUUCUCCAACCAGACGUGGUCGCCUAG